AUGGCUCCCACAAACGUCAUCGUGUCUAACCUCGCAGCCUACUCGCCCGCCGAGACCAUCGAGCUGGUCUCUCGCGCGGGCGUCAAGAAGGGCAACAUGCGUCUCGACAAGAUAUUCUUGUCGGCCGUGUCGGCAGGCUGCCUACUGGCUUUUGCAUGUGCCGCGACCCUGAGCACCAACACGGCCCCGUGGAUGCAGACCAACGCGCCGGGGUUGAUCCGGACCAUUGCCGCUCUCAUCUUCCCCUUCGGCCUGUGCCUGAUUGUGAUGACGGGCGCUGACCUGUUCACCGGGUCGCAUAUGGUUCUUCACCGGCGUUGCUGUCCUCCACGGGCGUGGCACCAGAUCUUCCUGCGCGGCAUCGGCUGCAACUGGCUGGUGUGCCUGGCGUGCUUCCUCGGCACGCAGGCCAAGGACCUCGGGUCCAAGCUCGCGGGCGUGUGGUGGCCCACCUUCGCGUUCGUCGCGCUGGGGCUGGACCACGUCGUCGCCAACAUGUUCUUCAUCCCCAUCGGCAUCCACCUCGGCACCCCGGGCCUGUCCGUCGGGCUGUACAUCUGGAAGGGCAUCAUUCCCGUCGGGCUUGGCAACAUCGUCGGCGGGGCGCUGUUUGUGGGCACUUUUUACUGGUACAUGUACCUGCUUGGGGAGCCCGAGGUUGUCGUCGAUGGUGAUAAUGCUGCGACGAAGGAGGGGGAGAAAGACGCGGGCUGUGUGGAAGGUUCCGUGCUAGGGGGCUGA